AUGACGCCUUCAGUCAGCAUCCCAGGUCCUCAUUUCGUCAAUGGCGAAAGUCCUAUCGCCAAAAAGCCCGCCAUGAGCCUGGUGGAAAUCUUCAACGGAGACGUUGCAAAUCCAUGCAUUGACCGCAUGGCUUCUAAGUUGGCUGCGUACAAGAACCCAUCUCUAUUCGUCACCUCCAACCACAGCAUUCACCUGGAGGAGACUUCAAUACCGAAGCCACGACCAACCGAAGUAUUGAUUCACGUUCGUGCCACGGGAAUCUGCGGCUCAGAUCUUCAUCUAUGGCAUCGAGGAGCCAUCGGGCCCCUAGUCGUCAAUCAUUCGCACAUCCUGGGCCACGAAGCAUCCGGUGUCGUGCUGGAGGUCGGUUCGUCAGUCACGCAUCUUGCCGCCGGAGACCGAGUAGCCAUUGAGCCUCAAGUUCCUUGUCAGACCUGCUUCCUCUGCACGUCCGGUAAAUACAAUCUGUGCGAGAAGGUAGCAUUCUCUGGAGUAUGCCACGGCGGAACGAUCAGGCGUUUUCUGACGCACGAGGCUCGUUAUUGUCACAUCCUCCCCGAGAGCAUGACCUUCGCACAGGGCGCGCUCCUGGAGCCCUUAUCUGUCAUUCUGCAUGCCAUUAGACAGUGCAAAGGAUCAGUAGGAAUCGGACAGCCUGUUCUGAUAUGUGGCGCUGGUCCAAUUGGUUUGAUAGCUUUGGCUGCAGCAAGAGCUUCCGGCGCAUGGCCUUUGGUCAUCACGGACGUGGAGGAAUCGCGUUUGGAUUUUGCGAGGCAAUUUGUUCCAGGAUGCCAAACAUACCAUGCUAGGAUUUCGAAGAGUCCUCUGCAAGCAUCAGAGGAGAUCAGACUGCUGUUCGGCUGCGCGGGUGGUCGCGACGUUGAAAAGGGUGUCCCGGACGUCCGCGAGUACCAGGCGCCAACGACAGUUCUGGAAUGCACCGGGGUCGAAUCAAGCGUCGUCACUGCCGCGUACUCCUGUCGGCGAGCCGGAGUUAUCAUGGUGGUUGGGGUUGGUCAGAGUGUUAUGAACAAUCUCCCGUUUAUGCAUCUCAGCCUGGCGGAAAUCCAACUAAGGUUCAUCAACCGGUAUUCUGACACCUGGCCCGCGGGAAUAAAUGCCCUUGCGAAUGGUCAGGUACUGAAUCUGGACGCGUUGGUGACGCACUCAUUUCCGCUAGAAGAGGCCGUCGAGGCAAUGAAGCUCUGCGCUGAUCCGACAAAAAAGAGCAUAAAAGUACAAAUCGUGGACGAUCAGGAGAUUCUGCAGUAG